AUGGCUUCGUCGUCUUCUUCAUCUGCGGUUUUGGAACGAAGGGGUAUUCCCGGAGCUUCAUUCGUAGAAGAUGUUCAGACGUAUCUCACACAAUUAGGCUUGGAUGUAAACUCCACCCUCGUAUUUCUUCAAGAGAGGCUUCAGCAGUACAAAUUGGUUGAGAUGAAGCUUCUUGCUCAGCAGAGGGAUCUUCUGGCAAAGAUACCUGACAUUGAGAAGUGCUUAGACAUAGUUGUCACAUUACAAGCUAAGGAGGGUACCGGUGAGGCACUGAUCACUGAUUUUGAAGUAUCAGAAGGCAUAUAUUCUUGUGCUCGUAUAGAGGAUACUGAUUCUAUUUGUUUAUGGCUCGGAGCAAAUGUCAUGUUGGAGUAUUCAUGUGAAGAGGCUGUUUCUCUUCUACAAAAGAAUCUAGAAAAUGCUAGAGCUAGUUUAGAAGUCCUUGUUGGUGAUCUACAAUUCCUGAGGGAUCAAGUGACAAUAACCCAGGUCACAAUUGCUCGAGUGUAUAAUUGGGAUGUUCAUCAGCGAAGAAGUAAGCAAGCUGCUGCUGCUGCCAUCAAAGAGUCCUGAAAGCUCUCCUUCACCUAGAUACCUACAAAUUUAGGGGAGGCGAUUUUGACUUUUCUAUGCCAAAAGUAUGUUGUUCCAUUCAAUUGUUAUUUUCGCUGCAUAGAGUGAUGCUGUGAAGGCUAAUCUAUCCCUUUAUGAAGUUGAUUGAGAUAUUUGUU